AUGUGUAACUACCCUUUUGGAGAAACUUCGCUGCAAGUGUCUGGUACCCCGAAAUUAGAAAUUUUUGAAUACAAGUCUAUUAAACCUAUUGCUGGGAGUGAUAAUCUUUACGAAGUCACGCUCGAAUUUAAAGUAGAAGAUACUGAUCCGUCAGUCCAAAGAUCAAUCAUUUUCCAAAACCCUCAGAUUCCUUCUUGGGUAUCUUCGAUGAACAUGAGAUUUGACUAUAAUGGUAAUGCAGCUAACCAUUUUAUUAUCAAGUGGCCAAUGGUAAUUCAACAUGGGGAUGGUAAUCAAUUAUGUACAACUCCAUUUUCCAUUGAACUUUUAAUGAUUCGUGAUAUUUGGAACCCCGAUUACUAUUACUAUUAUCACGAUUGUGCUACUGGUGUUUCUCAGGGUGAUUAUCCUCUUCAAUGUUGGUCCGAAUGUACGGAACAAUCUCAACCAGAACCCACCACUGCAACUCUGUACAUCGAUCAACCAAUAACUAAUGUUGCAACAGAUAUCAAUCCAUUACCAACCCCAAUUAAUUGUCCUUUAGAAUGGAAUGGAGAUAGUGUUUGUGAUGUCCCAAUCGGUUCGUAUGCAAGUUCUACAGGGGCUCCACCCGUUGAAAUUUUUAGGUUUAAAUCUAUUAGGUAUAUAAAAGAUGGUUUGUACGAAUGGGUUUUUGAAUUCAAGAUAAACCCAACUGGACUGGAAGGUGAUUUGAAUAUGGCUUAUGUUCAGAACUUUAUAUCACAUAACAAUGGUGCAACUCCACAACCACAAAUAAUACAGGUGAAUGACUUUGAUUACAGUGGUGGUUCGCCCUUCCAUUUUUACUUGCUUUGGCAACAACCUUCACAAACUAUUGGUGAUCUUACCUGCACUACUCCAUUUACUAUUCUUUAUUAUUUCACAAAUGGAAUGUAUACUUAUAAGCACGGAUGUGAUGCCGAUGGAACUGAUUUGCCAUUGCAAUGUUGGAAAGAGAUAUGUCCACCGGAGGAAUCUGCCACGAUAACGGAGGAAUCAGCUACCAGUUCUGCAAAAACUACUACCAAAAGUCAUUGUAAAAGAAAAGUAAAACGGUGA